UUUGAGACAAGGGGAAUGCUCAUUUCCCAGUCUUACGCUUAAUAAAACCCGGCAGCUGAGCUCCGACUGCUUUCAGACUUUCCGACUCGGAGCGAAGAAUAUUCUUAAAAGAAUAUUCGAGAAGCCAGGCAGGCUUAAGUUAGGAGAGCUCAAACUGAAAACGAAGAAGAAGAAAGAAACAAAGAAAGAAGAAAAUGUCGGUUCAAGAGUAUCUGGAUAAUCACUUGCUCUCUCGCAAAAUCGAAGACGCCGUCAAUGCCGCCGUCAGGGCCAAAGCCGCCGAUCCCGUCCUCUUCAUCUCGAAUCAUAUGAGGAAGGCGAUUCCGUCAGUGAUAACGAAGGUCAAAGCUCGGCAGAUCCUCGAUAGCAGAGGAAUUCCUACUGUUGAAGUUGAUCUUCAUACUAACAAGGGCAUGUUUCGUGCUUCAGCUCCGAGUUCCGAUCUUACUGGAUUUGGUGAAACUAGGUAUGAGGCUGUUGAGUUGCGAGAUGGGGAUAAGGGAUCGUAUCUUGGAAGUAGUGUGAAUAAAGCUGUUAAGAAUGUGAAUGAGAAAAUAUCUGAAGCAUUGGUUGGGAUGGAUCCUACACUUCAAUCGCAGAUUGAUCAGGCAAUGAUAGACUUGGAUAAGACAGAAAAGAAGGGUGAACUUGGAGUGAAUGCCAUAUUGGCUGUGUCGAUGGCUGCUUGCAAAGCUGGGGCUGCUCAGAAAGAGGUUCCACUGUACAAACACAUUGCUGACCUUUCUGGAAGACACACCCUGACCCUGCCUGUUCCUGCUUUCACUCUUAUAAGUGGAGGAAAACGUGCUGGGAAUAGUCUAGCCAUUCAGGAAAUUAUGAUUCUCCCAAUUGGAGCUAACAGGUUUGAGGAGGCACUACAAAUGGGAUCAGAAACUUAUCAUCACUUGAAGGCUGUUAUUGUAGACAAGUAUGGCGCACAUGGAUGUAAUGUCGGUGAAGACGGUGGUUUUGCUCCCAACAUCUCCAGUUUUAGAGAAGGCUUGGAUCUUGUAAAAGAGGCUAUCAGCAGAACAGGCUAUAAUGACCGGAUAAAAAUAGCAAUUGAUGUUGCUGCUACGAACUUCUGCAUGGGUACAAAGUAUGACCUGGACUACAAAUCACCGAAUAAGUCAGGGCAAAACUUUAAGUCGGCAGAAGAUAUGAUUAAGUUGUAUAGAGAACUUUGUACUGAGUACCCAAUUGUAUCAAUUGAAGAUCCGUUUGAUAAGGAGGACUGGGAACACACCAAACGCUUUUCUAAUCUUGCAAUUUGUCAGGUAGUUGGAGAUGACUUGUUAAUGUCAAAUUCACAACGUAUGAAGAAAGCAAUAGAGGAAUCUACGUGUGAUGCUCUUCUUCUGAAGAUUAACCAGAUUGGGACAGUGACUGAGGCCAUUGAAGUGGUUAAACUGGCAAAGGAUGCCCACUGGGGAGUUGUGGCAUCUCAUAGAUGUGGUGAAACUGAAGAGUCCUUUAUAGCUGACUUCUCUGUUGGUCUCUCUACUGGUCAAAUCAAAGCUGGUGCUCCUUGCAGAAGCGAGCGACUGGCUAAGUAUAACCAGUUGCUUCGAAUUGAGGAAGAGCUUGGGGACGAUGCAUUUUAUGCCGGUGAAGAGUGGAGGGAAUCACCCUGAUCAUUUUCUUCAGGUUUCCUCGGAACUUCCUUAUCCUUAUUUCCUCACUCAGCAAAUCAUUCACAUGCCACAUAUUCAGGGAGGUGUUCAGCCGCUCAUCAGUCAUUCUUCUGCUUCGUUUGUUUUUGCUGAGUGUGUGUGUGUGUGUUUUGUUUCUCUCUCUUUUGAAGAGAAUAGAGAGCAUCAAGGAAUUUGUAAUUAGAUCUGCAAGUUGUAGACAAGGGCCAUUAGCCUGAUGAAAUUUUUGGACACAUUGGAGAAAUAGAAUGCAAGCCCUUUUUUUGAGUA